GCAUUAUUGGUUUCCCUCUCCACCAUCUAAUCCCCACUAAGUGAUACUAGUCGCGUAGUCCAGAGGAGGGAGAACAGAAAGAUACAGCCAGCAACUUCAUUCUCUCUCUCUCUCUCUCUCACUCACUCUGAGUCUUUCUGACAGAAGAAGAUUUCCUCCUCCUCCACCCCCACCCCGGCGCAUCCCCAAACAAAACCCCCAAAUUGGUUGCAGCGGUAGCGCAUAGCAAUGGCUUUAACAGCUGCUGCUUUACCAUUCUUUGUUUUGGUGUCUUCAAUAUGCAUUGAUGUUUCCUCAGCCUCCCAAUCCCAUUACCGGCAAAUUCGGCCCCCGCAGCUCACCACCAACUAUUAUCAGAAAAGCUGCCCCAGAUUUGAGCAGAUCAUGCAAGACACCACCACUAACAAGCAGAUCAGCUCCCCCACCACCGCCGCCGCCACCCUCCGCCUCUUCUUCCACGACGCCCUCCUCCAAGGCUGCGACGCCUCCGUCCUCAUCUCCUCCACUCCCUUCAACAAGGCAGAACGCGACGCCGACAUUAACCUCUCCCUCCCUGGCGACGGCUUCGACGUCGUCGUCCGCGCCAAGACCGCCCUCGAGCUCGCCUGCCCCGGCGUCGUCUCCUGCGCCGACAUCUUGGCCGUCGCCACCCGCAACCUGGUCACCAUGGCCGGCGGCCCUUACUACCCGGUUAGACUCGGUCGCCGGGACGGUUUAGUCUCCAAAGCAUCAGCCGUCCAAGGAAAUCUUCCCCUCCCCACAAUGUCCCUGACUGAAAUCAUCAAAAUAUUCGGGUCCAGGGGCUUUUCGGUCCAAGAAAUGGUGGCGCUCUCCGGCGCUCACACCAUAGGAUUCUCGCAUUGCAAGGAAUUCAGCUCAAACAUCUACAACUACAGCAGGGCCUUAGAGUCGGAUCCCUCCUACAACCCGAGGUUCGCGGCGGCAUUGAGAAAUGCUUGUGCGGAUUACAAGAAGAAUCCGACGUUGUCGGUGUUCAACGACGUAAUGAGCCCGAACAAGUUCGACAAUAAGUACUUCCAGAACUUGCCGGAGGGGCUGGGGGUUUUGUCGUCGGACCGAAGCUUGCACUCGGAUGGGAGGACGAGGCCGUACGUGGAGCUGUACGCUAAGGAUCAGGAUGCAUUCUUCAAGGCAUUUGGUCUGGCAAUGCAGAAGCUGAGCGAGUAUGGUGUGAAGACUGGAGGGGAAGGUGAGAUUAGACGAAGGUGCGAUGCUUUCAACAACUGAUCGAGUGCAAUACUGUGAAAAAUUCAGGGAGGGACUGUACGUUUAAAUAUUUUGGUUGAUCUCAGCUCUUCUUUCUUUCUUUCUUUGUUUGCUUACCUUACCAUUUUUUUGUAUUUUUCAAUUGAGAGAAUUUAUUUAUGCAUACACAAAAUAUUUACUACUAGUAUUUAAAAUGAAAUUAAAAAAAAAAAAUUCCUGUAA